AUGUUGUGAGUGUGAGUCUAUGAGAAUUCGGUGUUUGUUCCUUGUAUGUGAGAGUGGGGAUGAGAUGGUGUGUGUGUUUUGUUGUUAUUGAAGAUGUAAGUCGUACGGAUAAACUACAGCGAUGUGCGUAAUCAAAUAUCACAGAAACGAUGUAUUUCAUCGGUAAAGAUUUUACUGCACUGAGAAUAUAUAAUAUUGGUGUCGACAGACCGGGAACAAGUGUUGUAGUAUUCCCAAGUGGGCUGCGGCACUUUUGAGAACGCUCAAAUUGGUUGCGCCCUUUUCAAAUGUAGGAGGGAUUGAUGACCUCAUAGUUUGGUCCGUUUGAUACUUAAACCAAUGAACCAACCAUUAUAUUUGUUCUCCUGCCACCCCUUGGGCACUCAACUUUUAAGUAACUACUUUACCAACAACGCAAGGCUGUGUUGCUGAUUUUGUAGUAUGGAGCUGCAGAAACUGUGCAUAAUUGUGAUAGCUAUGAAAAUAGUAUGAGACAUAAUACCAUCACGUCAUGCACAGAGAAUCCAGAGGAGCCCUCCAUUCUCACAACAGUAAACAUCAAGAUGAAGAAAUACUAUCAGUUAGUUUUGGUGAUUGUGUCUGUGGUAAGUUUUAUAACACUUCUCUUCUACCGCCACGAGUACAACAGGCUGCGUUAUGUUAUGGAAGUGCUGAGCUUUUUUGGAAAACCAGGACAAGUGGCUGAGUGCCUUCCUCCAAACAUCUCUCAAAAUUUAAAGAAAUCUGUCAGUUUCAUUGAUCCACUGCCAUCUUGGCAACGACUGACUGACACACAUUUUGUUUAUUCAGCCUUCUGGGAAAAGAAUGAUAUCCACAGUCAUGUGAAAGUUUUCUCUGUUGAAGCAGGGAAAACUAUUCCACAGUACAGCUGUGAAGUUUGGUUUGAAGACAAUAAUACCCCAGUAACUGGAAGAUUCAGUUACACAAUAAUUCAGUCAAAAGAGAGUGCACUUACCCAUGAACAAACUGUGAUUGCAGAUAAUGUUAUAGCUUAUAACUUGUACUGCAAACCAAAGCAAAUUCCUGGUAUUCCAUUUGGGGUUACAUUUUUCAAGACUGAUAGUUUGUUGCCGUCCCAUGUUUUCAUUCCUGUUGGUUAUCCUGUUGACAGACCAAUAUUAGAAAACAGCACAGCAGUUUGCAUUGUACCCGGAUUUAAACCAGUACUGCAAAAAUCUGCAAUCAUUGAAUUUCUUAGCUACCAUCAUCUUAUUGGAGUAAAUGAAUUUAUAGUAUAUGACAAAGGCUUACCAAACCGAAUUGCUCAAGUGCUGCUGGAUCCAGCAAUUAAAGAAAAUUUUGGUAUUGCAUUGUCUUUGCUUCCCUGGAAUUUCCCAUUUCCACAUUUGGAAGCAGAGCCAGUUAUGAGACUUGUUGUCGAGAGGGACUGCAUACAAAGAACUGCUGGAAAAGUUCGGAAUGUGGCUGUUUUAGGUUGGGGUGAGUAUGUAGUGCCUAGGUAUCACCACACUCUUGCAGGUAUGUUAGAUGAUUUUGACACAAAGAAAAAAACAACCACCAGUUUUGAAAUACCAACAAUAGUUUUUUGUACUGAUCUCUUAGAACAUGACACAGACGAAUCUUUACCAUUGGUUCUUCGAAAGACGAGGUAUUAUAAAGGAGACGACAUGGAUCCCCCUCUGCAUCUGUAUCGUCCUCAGACGGCAGUGUCCAGGUUUACUGUACCCAGUACACAACGUGUUUCACAAGGAAUAGCUGCUGUACAUCGCUACAUAGAAUGCAUGCUUGGUACUGGUGAACAGCCAGUUGAAACUCUUCCGUAUGAGAGAGCUAUUCUUAGAUUUGCAGGGGAUUUGAAACGAUCUAAAUUGUUAAGAGCCUGGUCUUCAGGUAGACUGUUCUAAUUUUUAAUUUUAUUUGUAUGUGCUCAUUCACAUGACUGACAGGGAUGGUGUUCACAUUCCAGCUGGGCUUUAGAAGCAUGCCUUCAGGUAAUGUGCUUCCAAUAAAGACUUAUGAUUUUAUUAAUUGGGAAAAUAAUGCACUUGAUGUGGUAAGAGAUAUAAAACUAUAUCUUACACUAUAACUUAGUCUGCUGUUGGAGUAAUUUUAAACAGUAGCAGGCCCAGAGAUAGAAUUGCAGAUAGCUGUGUUUUGUGACCCUUAAUUUUGUGCAGUGAUGCUUUUGUAUUGUUUUAUUGUAAUAAAAUUAUGAUUGUUAAUUGGAAAGUGUGUUGUACAUAGAACUUUGGAAAUGUAUAUUUUGAAUAUGUGUAAUAGAGGGCUAUUUGACCAGCCCCUCAGCUAGCUUGAAUCAUGUAGUUUUCUAACUUCCCUUUAUUGUAGACUUUUUUUAUACCUUUUUAUCUAGUCGAAGUAAUUCUGAAAUUUUUGAUCUCUCUGAGCUUCUCUGAUAAAUCAGGUUGUGUAGUAGUACAGUAUUGUAGCUGACAAAUAAGAUGUUACAGUUGUUCAUAUAAAAUUUCCCAUAAAUUGUUAAAAUACCAAGUAUGACAUACAGAGCCUGAGUUGCAGUAUGGUGGCAUAGUUUUAUUUGUCAAUGAUCUGUUGUGGCAUAAUCACAUUUAACAAUAUUAAAGCAUAUUGGUUUGUAAUGUAAACAUAUUUGCACAAUUGAGACUACUUGUAGCACACAGCUAUGUAAGAUUUAUAUGCUGUCACUGCAGCAGCUUAAACUGAGCAUUCAUUAUGUAUGUACAUUUGUAUAAAAUACUGUACAAUAAAUAUUUGUGAAGAGAUGUUUGAUUCUUAUAAUCUACAAGGCCUGGAUAGCUGCCAAAAGAAGGAAAGAAGGUUCCUGUGGUUCCUGGCUUGUGCAUUUUAAAAAGAUGCAUGUGAAGUAAAGAAAAGAUGUAUUUUUGUUUUCUUUUAGUUGCUGCAACACGGCUGAAGGUUACAGAUUUCUAACUUUGUGCUUUACUGUGAGUAAAUGGUGAUACCUUCGCAGUGAUUAGAACAGUGGGACAGUGAUUGGGUCCAAUUACUCAAGGAUGAACUAAGUGAUCAUAGGGGCUUCCAGUUAGUUUUGUAUUAGCAAAUAUUUUACUGAUAUAUGUAUAUAUAAAACUGCUGAGUUAUUACAGGUUUGGUGGGCAUUUUGUACACAGUAGUGACAAAUAGUUUGAUGAGCUUGUAUGUGGAGAACACAGGCUUAGAUUGUCAUCUCUGCAAAUGAAAUGGUUGCAAAUUUUAUGUAAAUAGUUAAUAACAGUGCCAUGAAUUCUUUUUUUUGUGGUGUUAGGAAUUUUCCUGGUUUCUGAGCUCUUAAUUUUGAAGAGUAUAUGGAGUCAUUAACAUUUGUUAAACAUUGUGGCCUCUGUAUGUGAACCUCAGCAAUUGUACUUGACAGACGAUCUUCCUCUGUUAUGCUGUCCUUCACUUUCUGUAGUAUUAUACCUCAUUUUAAGACACAUUCAUAGUAAUAUCCCUCCCGUUUUAAGGUAACAACAUCCAGAUGAUCCAUUCACAGAAUGACAAAUUUCAUUUUUCUUUCAUUUCUUUUUCAUCUUGUGUUUGAUGGAGAAAAUGUCAGUCCCCAUGAUUUUUUUCUACUCAUUUCUCAUACACAGCUAAAACGAUUAUAUUCACAAGUUGCACUGCCUCCCGUUUUGCUAUUGCCUUACUAACGCUGCCCAUAUGUUUCCACUCAGCCUGCAGUGCAGAACGAACCUGUCAUAUGUGCAAGCACUGUGCUUUACACAAAGGCACAUUUUCACGUGGUUUGAUAUAUGUGUUAGCCAGUUGUUCACAAAUCAAAAUGUGGACAGUGAUAUUUCAUAUAAUUUCAAACAAAAUUUCAUUUAACGAGAACGCAUUUCUCGUAUUAUGUGCUGUAUUAUUUCGACAAAGGCUGCAGUAGGUGUAUUAAGAGACAAAUUAUUGCGUCCGUCUAUCAUUAGGAGGAAUUUUUAUGUUUUCUGUUGUUUCAACAGAUAAGAUUCUGCGAACUAUUUGUUGACAAGCAUAACAUUUUCUGUUAAUCGCCUAGCGUGCGCGUAUACGGUCUGCCUGAUACCUGCCUUGCUGACAGUAAAUUCUUCCAACCAGCGUAUCUUCUCAUUUACAUGUAACACUCGAUGAUACCUUUGUCUGUAAUACCAUAGAAAACGGUGAAGUUAAGAUAUUAUUUCAUUUUAAUAGUUAAUUGGACCUAAUCAGGCAUUUGCUGAAAAUCCUUCCCAACAUGUUCAUCAUCUGGAUAGGUAAUGUACAAGGAAUACUUCUCCAAAAUAAAUGCUACGAAUUAUUUAAACCCUGGCAUUCUAAGACAACUAAUAUUUAAAGAAGUUAAUGUCCAAAAUACGUGGUACUUGAUCGUGUAUAUAUUUCAUCUAGUUCCAUUAAAUUUUAAUCUGUUUUUGUGUUUUUAGUCAAUACUCUUAUUUUUAAGAGAAGCUUAUAAGUUUAUACUGUCACAACCUUGUGGUUGACACACAACUUUAGUUAGCCUCAUAUGAAAGAUCUCCUUCGGGCCUCAUAAUUCUGGUGGGGAAAAAAAUCACAUGUAGAAAAAAUCUUUAUGUAAAUCAGAAACCAGUAACUGCUACCACAAAUAAUAUUCUCUGAGAAGAUACCUUCAUUCUAUUUGGUUGCAGGCUCAUUGACAGUCUUUCCUGGGCCAACUGGUCCUCCUGUCUCUGCUCAGCUACGUUCUAGAUAAGAGAUCCCAUCUCUAUGUUCCAAAUCUUCUCCAUGUUCAAAUUUCUCACAAGUAAACCUCAUUUUGAUGGGUUAGAGAUGCUGCCAAUGAAACUUCAUGCAGGGUUUGUUGCCACACACUCACACUACAUCAAGACCUCAUAGUUAUCUCUAUGGAGCUUUUGAAGUUUUAAUCUGUUCAGUUUCUUGACUUCAUGAGCAUCAGAAUCCAUUAGGACACUCCUUGCCCUAAGUUGUCCCAUAUUCAGAGUAUCUACCUGGCAGGAUGCUCAGACAAUGGGUUAUUUGCCAAAAGCCAGUAUUUAAGAUGCUGACAAGCUAUUUUAAUAAUGGAAUUUUUAUUUGUUGCAAGGUUUGAAAGUUCAUUCAUGUAUAUCAUAGGUAAAAGGACAAAAACUUUCUUGAUGUUCUGCAAAAAUUAUUUAUUUAAUUAUGAACCACAGCAUAUUAUAGAAUGUUCAUUCACUGUAUCAAAAGGAAAUUUCUCUUGAGAAUAACCACAAUCCUCCAUUUUGUCUCUUGUUUUUACACUUUUCCCAUUUUCACGUAAUAUAGUAGGUGCCCUAUUCAUAAGGGGCCCCAGGAAAAGUGUUAUAAAAUCUUAAUAGAAAAAGGAAAAAAACCAAGAAAUGAAGGUACAUUACAUUACAUUACACACACACACACACACACACACACACUCUCUCUCUCUCUCUCUCUCUCUCUCUCUCUCUCUCUCUCUCUCUCUCUCUCUCUCCACAGAUACUGCUGUGUCAACAAAUUAGGUGCGAAAAUCCUCUGUGAAAUCCAACAAUAUUCUGGCAGCAACAGUCACAAACAUUCAACUGGAAGUGUGUACACAUGUGCAUGUAGGUCACUUCCAGGACCUCUUGUAAUGUACCUUCUCUUCUCAUUCAUAAAGAUAUGUUGAGUGCAAGUUUUGUUACAUACACUCUUUUUAUCAAGUUUUUUUUAACGCUUUCCCUAUUGCCCCUUAAGAGCGGGACCCCUGUAUAUGCACAAAUAUUUUGUAUUUUCAGAAUGAUCAAUUCGUGUUCAAAUUUUGUACACAGAAAAGCUACAUGGCUACCCAUUCUUAAAAGAGCAGAGAAUGUGGGAAAUAUUGCAGAGCUAGGAAAAGCUGCCAUUUUAAGGAUGCCAUUGUGGUGCCCACACUUCCUUUCUGUAACCAUUAUGAUUAAAAUGUAGAAUUGUUCAUAAAUAUGUACCUCUGAUUCCGCCAUAUGUGGUUAGUGAUGAUUGUGUUUAUCUCAUUUUCAUGGCUGUAACUGUUGCAUUGUUUUCUCACUCUUGAAAGCAAAAAUAGUUCAGAGUUUACCAUAUAUACUCUUUACCUUACGGAACAGGUUGGCUCUUCGGAAAAUCAUGAAAUACAGUAGUUGAGAGUUAAUGGUCCAUAUUUUCUGCUGAGAUGGGUGAGAGUGGCAUCUGACAGUGUUAGGAUCAUGUACAAAAAAGGAAUUGCACAAUAAGUGUUGUUUUUCAGCAGCACUGUAAGACAAGUGAGGAACAUGCACUGACAAAUGCCAAUUUUGGUGAAUGGCUGAAACAAUAAAAAUAUGCUUGGAAAGUAGUAAAGUUGUUGUUCAUUAAAGUCUGAAAUGUUCAGAUAAUUUGACACUGUGAAGGGCCAGUCUCUAUGUAUCUGUAUUUUUCAGGUUUUCAGAGAAUAAAUAUAGCUGCAGUUUAUUUGUGCUACUAUUCUGUACGAUACGUGAUCUUGAGGAGCAAAAGUGUACAUUGAGUAUUGGUGACAGUGAAGAAGUCAUCUUUGAGGGGAAGAGGAAAGGGAGAUGUGCAGAAUUGAAUGGAAGAACUGUAACUUAUUAAUUGUGAGUUUAUUAUGUAUGGGGAGUAGAAAGGGUAUGUAGAAGCAAGGCAAAUAACACUGCUACAUGUGUUGGGAAGAACUGCACCUUGCCAGCAUAGCAGCUGUGUGGCCUUGUUAUUGAAAGGAAAGAAUACGAUAAUAUUGAAAUUGAGUCGAUAUCCCUUUAUACUCAGAGUUGUCACUAUCAGCCGUCUAUGUUCACUGUAAAUUUUGGAUUUUUGGGUAUUAAGUAAAUAGAACUGCUCAUAAGUGCCUACGUAGUUGCUGAUGGAAGUCUUUUCAUAUUGAUCUACAGUGGGACUAUUGUUUUAGUUUGGUGAAGAUUAAGUAACAAAUUUAGUGUAACAUAGUGUCAAAUAUUAACAUUCUUUUGCUGUGGGAUGGUACUAAUGUUACAAAUGUACUGAAGCUGUCAUCGUAAAUAUCAUUUUAAUGAAGGAAAACUAUAAUUAUAGCCAAUAAGAAAUGUACUAGCAGAAAACGGCUCCCGUCCCAGUUCAGAGACCUUCUAGAUGUUGGGCAACCAUAAUCAUAUGAAUGCCUUAUUUUCUAUAAAUAUAAUAUUACUGACAGAGAAUUUUUGGACAAUCAACAUGUUUACUGUGUAGAAUUUGGCUAACCAGGCCUUGGAUCAUGACUGCACGGCUCUAUGCACAUUUGUAGCUGAAGUGAGUAGUAUAAAGUUGCAGUAGAACCUUUCUACAAUUUUUGAUACUGAAAUGCUUUGUUAGUAAUUGUCUUGUAUAUGCAUAAAGACAGAAAAAACUCAUUCUUGUCAUAUUUUUUGCAUUUUAUGUAUUUUGUUGUUGUGUAAUGUACAGUUUUGCUAUUAAAGUUAUUAAAAAUA